AGCGUUUGUUUUGAUUUUUUAAAUGUUUCGUCUCAGUCAAAUCCUUAAGCUCCUCCCACCGGAGCCUCAUCUGUGUCGUCACGACCGGGCACGAUUCAGAAAUCAGUUUCACUUUCUCGAAACGGCCAGUUGACAUUUUAUGUCUGUAAAUAUAAGCUGCAUAGUAAAACUAACUGGGACUUCACCGUUUAAAGGGCGAAACAAUGUCGACUCUCCUUAAGGAUAUAGAAAAGUACGACGCAUGCGCAGCUUCUGAACUGAAAAUGAGACACAAUGGAGGGAUGAAAGAGCCACAGUCAAACCUGGUAUUUUCAGAGGCAGAUUUCCGGACUGACUCAGAGAUCCGGACCCUGACUCCAGAAGACCUGCACGAGCUGUUCCCUGGACAAGAGAAGCUGUUGCUGAGGAAGACCAUCUUUGAAAUAAUUCAUAAUCAGAAGCGAACACGUCAGCGCCAGGAAAAACUUGGUUUGAUCCCACAAGACACUCUCAGAAAUGUUGUGAUAGCUGAGUGCUUUGAAAGGAUAAAGAACAUGAAGGAUCAGCUGGAGAAGAUGCAGAGCGCCCUUGAAGCUUGUUAUAACAAGCCAAAGGACAUCAACAAAAUGUCUUCUCCAGCAACAGUGAAGUACAGGAUGGUGGUCAGUGGUCAAACCUUUGGAGCUCAUGAUCAGCUUCUGGACCAAAUUAAGAGUUCAGGAUUAAAUCUGAUUAAGGGAAAUGAUGAAGAAAGCUGCAUCACCAUCGUUUUCUGUUCCGUUGGAACUCGGAUAGGAACAGAUGCUGAAGCAGCCAUGAAGAGGGUUCCAGGUAAUGAUCCGGUCAUUUUGGUCAUGAUGCAUUACUGCCAAGAGCCAAAAAAAACUCACCCUACAGGAAUAUCCACUGGUUUUCCUAACAUUGUCUUGGAGGUCCAUGUUUUCUACCAUGACAGACAGAACGGUUUAUUGAGGUGUGAACAAAACAAAAAAGCUGUCAUUGAGUUAAAGGAAGAACUGAUGAAGCAUCACAGUUCACAAAACUCAGGAUCAAACUAUUAAAAUCAGAGCGGUGGACGUCUUUUCACUUGA